AUGAGACCAGGAAAUAUUGCAGGUUUUAUCGUCGGGUUAGUAGCAGUAGCCUUGUUGGUUGCAUCAUGUAUCACCAAGUGGCUGACAGUAGAUGGCAGAAAUUCAAGUUUAAAAAUCAACUAUUAUUUAACAAGAUACGGUGUUGAAUACUUUGGUGAUGAAGAGGUAUGA